AUGGAGUUACUACGGCGCUGCGUUUCCCCGUCGUUAAAACAUAUAGCAGUACUGGUGGCAUGCUUAGCGGGUCUGGCGGCAGCAGUAUCGGAUCUCCCGGAAGCGGACCUCACGCCGCAGAAGCCGCUGCCGACGCGGUUCGAGCAGGCCAUGGCGGAGACCGCCGCGUUGAGCCCAGACGCCAGGGCCAGGCUGCACGCCGCGCGGCUGAGCGAACAGAUGCUGCUCGUUCACGACGAGGUGGACGACGUUAGCGACGGCGAAGCCGGCGAAGAAAGUGAUAACGAUAGCGGCGAAGGUCACCGUCGCAAGCUGGGGCGCGCCGCGAAGAAGCUCGGUUUGAAGCCUCCGCUUUUGAACUCAGGACCGAUCUUCUCCGUUCCCACCCCCUCCCCGUUGCUCAUUCUCACUCUUCUCUCACAUCUUCCCCCCAUUGUAUUGAUGGCUCGGCGCGCAGUGCGGGAGCUGCUGGACCAUCGUGGCCGUCGAUUCCGUCUCGAUGAUGUGGGCGAUCAUCAACAACACGACGCCGCAGCUGCUGUCGCCGCAGCAGGUGUGCGACUGCGCGACGAAGCAGUGCUGCAAGGGCGGCUGGCCCGACUGGGCCUUCUCCUAUAUCCUCUUUAA